GUCAACUUGUGCGGACGCAAAGUUUUUUCGGUGAAAAAAUAUUAAUCGGUUCUAAUUCAAAAAAUUUAGAAAGAUAAUUUAAAAAUUGAAAAAGAAAAAUUAAGAAAAAAAUUAUUAAAAAAGUUCAAUCAAAAAAGUGCAUUUUAGAAAGUAAAAUAAAAUGGGGUUAAGACCCCAAAAAUAUCAAUGCAGUUUUCUUACUGCCAUAUUUUUGGUUAUAUUUUUCAUUGGAAUACAAACAACAUAUUCUAAGGAGCACGAUACGCCAACGCAGGGAAAUGAUGUUAGACAUCAUCGUAGUUUAUUAGGUGCAGAGGAACAAGAUUCGAGUCAUAAUUUGGAAGUUCUUGUAGACGACAAGCUCGAUGAUAGAAAUAGUGAACAUUGGCUUGCUCGCAGUGUAAAUAGAAUUAAGAGAAGUUUAGGUUUCGAAGAUUCCAAGCACAUUCCGAAACGGAAACAUGAAAACGAUGAGAAAAAACUUUCGAAAAACAAAAGAAAGCACUUUAAGAGCGGCAGAAAAAGGAGUGUGAGUCGAGUUGUCACACAUGAAAGCAUAACACACAUCGAUGAUGAAGAUGGAAUUAUUGAAGGAUCUGGAGAAGAAUCCGAUACUCUUGCAUCAAACUAUCGUAUUAAAUUUACUCUCGAUGAAAUGUGGGAUGAUGAGUAUGAAGAUUUAUCGUCAGCCAAAUCGAAGGAAUUCGCUCAUUCUUUUACUGAUGCGUUGGUAAAUUUAGUAAAAGAAGGAGAGGGACAUAGUUAUCAUGACGUCAAUGCCAAAUUGGUGAAAAUGUCAAAAGUUGAAAACUUUAAAAUUGAUGUUGAUGUCGACUUGUUUAGCAAAGAACUGUUAUCAAAAGGAAUGGUUUCUCGAGUUAUCGCAUCAAGUGUUGAAAGUCGCAAUAUUGGCGAAUACACAGUAACAAGUUAUACUUUGCAAACAGUAGAUGGACUAACAGAGGAUAUAGGUCGUCAUGAGUAUGCACUAACAAAUAGCAAUUUCACUUUCGAAACUGACUAUGAUGAUAGCGAUGAAAACGAAGAUAAUGACGAUGACUUAAUAUUUGAAACGUGUAACUAUGAUGAGCGACAAUGUGCCGAUGGAACACAAUGUUAUCGCGAAUCACAAAGAUGUGACGGAUACUAUGCAUGCAAAGAUAAAAGUGAUGAAGCUGGAUGUACUAAAAUUAGAGAAGAUUCCUUCGAAUACACUACAAUCGAAGAUCCUGCCAAAAAAGAAGACAAAUACAAAACGGGAGGUCGACGAGUUACAACUGUAGUAGAAGAAGAAGUAGAGGAUGGCGAUCAUAUAUCGAAUGAAAUCUCAUCACAAACAACUUCAAGCGGUAAAGGCGGCAAAAAAGUCAUUCAUCAUACAGUUAUUGAAGAAGAGGAAGUUGAUGGCGAUUGGGAUUUGGGAGACAUUCUUGGAAAAGGAAAAUCGGGACAAAAAACUAUCACAACAGUUACUACAGAAGAAGAGCAUCAUGAAGGCGAUCAUGGAAGUAAACAAAAAGGAAAGAAAGGACAAACUGUAGUUACAACAGUUGAAGAAGAGGAAGUUGAUGGCGAUUGGGAUUUGGAAGACAUUCUUGGAAAAGGAAAAUCGGGACAAAAAACUAUCACAACAGUUACGACAGAAGAAGAGCAUCAUGAAGGCGAUCAUGGAAGUAAACAAAAAGGAAAAGGACAAACUGUAGUUACAACAGUAGAAGAGACUAUUGACGGAAAUGAUUCGGAAAGCUCUCAUGGAAAAGGCAGAAAUGGGCAAACAACGCACACUGUAAUUGAAGAAGAGGAACAUCAACAUGGUCAAAAUGGAAAGGGAAAAAAAGGAUACACAGUAGUUACUGAAGAAGAGUCUGAGCAUGAACAUGAUGGAAAUAAAAAACAAAAGGGAAAAUCUUGGUCAACCGUCGAAGAAGAAACACAUGAAUAUGACUACGACGAAGAUGAAAAAGGCGGAAAGCAUGGUCAUGGUUAUGAAGAAGUUGAAUACGAAACAGAAGAACACAAGGGUCAUGCACAUAAAGCAACGAAAAAACCCCAUAAUGACAACGAAAAAGCUGAAAGUACAGAACAUCAUCAUACUCGUGUACGACCCAAUCAUCAUGACAAACACGAAGAAAAAGUAAUCGACUUCAAUGAAGAAACAAUUACUGAAAUUCCUGAUAUUCAUGGUUUUGUAUUUUCAACAUCGGCUCCCGAAUGUCGAGGCGAUGAUCGUUUCCGUUGUCCCGGUACGUCAAAAUUCAUUUGUGAUCAUCAAAAAUGCGAUGGAACACGCGAUUGUCCAAACGGUGAAGACGAAACUCACGAAGACUGCGAAGAAAAGGAUUUGAAUUGUGCUGAUGGCAAGAAAUUCUUCUGUAAAUUUUCCUCAAUUUACAUCUGUGCAACAUCAAAAUGCGACAAAAAUUACGAUUGUCCCCAUGGAGAAGAUGAACUUGAUUGUCACACUCCCGAAUGUCAUGAUGAUGAGUUUGCCUGUGAUUUGACUCGAUGUAUUCCAAUGGCAGAUCGUUGCAACGGAUAUUCAGAUUGUGAUGAUGGAACAGAUGAACACGAAUGUCCUGUUAUUCCUGAUGUUGGUAAGUAA